CUCCAGACAACCAGCACGUGACGCGUGCGGAGUAGACCCGAGGAACCGCGCCUGCUGAGUCCGGGGAGCAGAAGUUGCAGCCCCAACAGGCGGUGGGCGGAAUGCCGAACCUCAGUUCGAAGGGGGUCGGGAGCCACAGAGGUUAAAACCAGCGGUUCCUCCGGCUUCCCGCCUCCCUGAAACGUCCACCGCGCUCGCCAUGGGCAGCCGCGAUCACCUGUUCAAAGUGCUGGUGGUGGGGGACGCCGCGGUGGGCAAGACGUCCCUGGUGCAGAGGUACUCCCAGGACAGCUUCAGCAAACACUACAAGUCCACGGUGGGAGUGGAUUUCGCGCUGAAGGUUCUCCAGUGGUCUGACUCCGAGAUGGUGAGGCUGCAGCUGUGGGACAUUGCAGGGCAGGAGCGCUUCACAUCUAUGACACGACUGUACUAUCGAGAUGCCUCUGCCUGUGUUAUUAUGUUUGAUGUUACCAACGCCACUACCUUCAGCAACAGCCAGAGAUGGAAACAGGACCUGGACAGCAAGCUCACACUGCCCAAUGGAGAGCCUGUGCCCUGCCUGCUCUUGGCCAAUAAGUGUGAUCUGUCCCCUUGGGCAGUGAGCCGAGACCAGGUUGACCGUUUCAGUAAGGAGAACGGUUUCACGGGUUGGACAGAAACAUCCGUCAAGGAGAACAAAAAUGUUAAUGAGGCCAUGAGAGUCCUCGUUGAAAAGAUGAUGAGCAAUUCCAAAGAAGAUACGUUUUUGUCCACCCAAGGGGACUACAUCAACCUACAAGCCAAGCCUUCCUAUACUUGGGGCUGCUGCUAGUCGUGUUAUGCCUGUUUUCCCUCCGGGUUCUAAUUCCUUCCCUUUGGUUGCCCACCCAGCAGUUUUAUUAAGUACAUUUGAACUGUCUCCUGCUGACUGUCCAGUAAGGAGGGCCAUCAUCACUAAGAAAAGACACCUGGGACCCAUGUGCAUUUCUGCAUCUCCUGAAAUUUGGUUCCCACUUGCUGCUGACUCAUGUGGUCCAGUUAGUGCCUUCCCAUUCUUCCCCUUUAUAUUGAAUUUAUUGGGGUGACACUGGUUAUCAAAAUUAUAUAGGUAUCAUGUGUACAGUUCUACAAUACAUCAUCUGUACAGUUAGUGCCUUCUGUAUAAGAAAAAUCAUCUCAUCA